ACCACAAAUUCAGAAUAGAAACCCUAUUUGACCAAAAACAAAUAAUAGAAACCCUAAUUUCACCCAAUCUCCUUCCCAUACCCGGCCGCCGCGCGACCACCGUAGACCACUCUCGCAGCCUCCGGCGCUCCGCCGAAGCUCUCAGAAAAUGGCAGAAAGUUCCCAGCCAAAACAGAGAGGAUGCUUGGGAUGCAAAGACUAUCUUGUGAGCUAGAAAAUGAUGUGAAAUGGCAGAAAUUUCCCAGUCAUUGCCAAAACGGCUGUGCAACCUCCCAAAAUCUGUUCUUGCAGAAGUCCUCUCUUUGUUGCCGAUCAAGCAAGCAGUAUCUACCAGCAUUUUGUCCAAGAGAUGGGAAACGAUAUGGACUUCUGUCUCAGUCCUUGACUUUGAUGACUCCCUCACGGUGGGCAAAAAGAUGUCAGACAGGGAGCGCAAACUAAUGUUCAGGGAUUUUGUUUACUCUGUGGUUAUUCGCCAUCGACCAACGGAAAUGAAACGGUUCUCCCUUGUAUGCAACUUGAACUAUGAUGCGGUUGAUGUUGCUACGUGGGUGGGCUAUGCCCUGGAACACAAGGUGAAAGAGGUGGAGCUUAAUAUCAAGCUAGAGAGGCUGCCUAGGUGAUUAUUUAACUGUGAUAGCCUUUCUGUCAUGAAGCUGAAAUUGGUUAGCUUGGUGGCACUUGCCUCAUUCUCGGUGUCUCUUCCACAGCUCAUGGUUUUACACCUUGGGCAAGUUACAUUUAAGCACCACGAUCACUUUGUGAAGCUCCUGCUUGGUUGCCCAGUACUUGAGGAGUUAGUGCUGGAAAACGUGAUUCUUGAUUGCGAAUGCCUUCAAAGUAAAUUUGAGUUGAAUUUGGAGAAAUUGUCACGAGCUAGCAUUGGGUUCUCAUACUAUAAAGAAUGCAUGAAGGUCUUGUUUUUUCAUGCCGUCUCUUGCAAUGUUACGAGUUUGUUCAUUUCAUGGUCUGCGGAUCUAUCCUUUGAUUCAAUUCCAGAUGUGUUUAUGAAUUUAAAACAAUUGGAAGUUUCAUGGGGAAUCUAUUAUUGGGAUCGGUUGAUAACAUUUCUUCAUCAUUGCCCCCAACUUGAACAACUUAUCAUUUGCAAGGACACACUGACUAGUCCAAAACCACAACAUGAAUGGAACCCAAUUCCUGAUACUCCUUUGGAGCAUUUGAAAUUUUUUUGCAUGAAGAAUUAUGUAGGAUCAGACAUUGAGCUUGAAAUUAUAGGUUAUGUACUGAAGAAUGCAAUUAUGUUGGAGACUCUCAAAAUAUAUUUUGCUGGCUCCUUACCUUCGAAUAAGGUAAGGGACCAAAUUGUCAAGAGUUUAUCUAAACUUCCAACGACCUCUAAAAACUGCCAUGUUCUGCUCCUCGCUUAAAAGGUUUGCGUGCUGCUGCUGCUAAUGGAAGAUGGAGAUAUUUGAAUGUGUUUUAGAUUGGAGAACGAGCAAAAGGAUCCUCUCGGAAAAGGUCUAAGCUGCAAACAUAAGAUGUCAAGUUUCAUAGCGUAGUCUUGAUUUUAAUGAUUACUUUAGCCAUAGUGAUCAUGAUGCUGUGGUGCGUGGCAAACACAUUUUCUUGCUCUUACUUUAGCCAUAGUGAUCAACUACAUGAUUUUCUUUGCAUUCUGCACCUGUAGCGGAGCUUUAUAAUCAUAACCAAAUUAGCUGAAUUAGAGCAAUUUUAUCGGCUCUGUAGUUCUAUAUUUCUAUGAUUUUGUCUCGGUAAAGAAUGUUCCUUGAACCAA